GUGUUAAGACUUGUUGAAUUAUUGCUACAGGGAAAGAUAUCAGACCUUUUAUUUUUCAGUGGCUUGGUGUAACUGCUUUUUAUUUAACUCAAGCAUCAAAUGGAGGGUGAAGACAAUUCAGUACAACAGGUGGGUUUGAAGCAGCCCAAUGAGGAUGCAAUAUUGCCUGAAGAAUUGCCUAAAAUGGGUUUGGAGACAGCAUUGAAAGAAUGCUUCACUGCCCUCAAUCUCUUCCUGAACAACAGGUUUGCCGAUGCACUGGCUCUUUUAAAACCCUGGAAGAGUGAAAGUAUGUACCAUGCGAUGGGCUACAGUAGCAUUCUGGUGAUGCAGGCCGCCAUGACUUUUGAUGCAAAGGACAUGGAUGCUGCCAUGACAUCACUGAGAGAAUCCUUGCAGGUCUGCCAGAGAUUUCGGAAGAAGACUGGACUAAUGGAAAGCUUGGCUAACCUUUGGUACAGACAACCAGCUGACAAUCUGACAGAAGAAGAGAUGCAUGCAGAGCUGUGCUAUGCUGAAGUCCUGCUGCAGAAAGCUGCCCUCACGUUCCUGGAUGAAAGCAUAAUAGGCUUCAUCAAAGGAGGGAUGAAAAUCCGACACAGUUAUCAGCUUUACAAGGAUUGCCAGGCCAUGGAAAAAGUAAUAAAGGAUGAGGAAAAACAGAGAAGCACACACAUUCAUUUUAGGGGUGGGGUCAGCAUGGGAAUCGGAUCCUUCAAUCUGAUGCUGUCUCUGCUUCCAUCCAGAGUCCUUAAACUGAUGGAGUUUUUGGGCUUCUCUGGAGACAGGGAAGUGGGUUUGUCAGAGUUGAGAGAGGGAGCAACUACCAACAACCUGCGCUCCAUCCUCAGCACCCUCACUCUGCUGAUGUUUCAGCUCUACAUCACAGUGAUACUUGGGACUGCUGAUGUAAACCUCAGUGAAUGUGAGGCUCUGCUGAAACCCUACUGUGAAAAGUUUCCUAAUGGGGCCCUCAUGCAUUUCUUCAGUGCAAGGAUUGCUGUGCUCAAAGGAAACUUCACAUUUGCCCAAGAGAGGUUCUUGGCAUGUAUUGCGUCGCAGGAAGAGUGGCGUCAGAUUCACCACCUGUGCUACUGGGAGCUGAUGUGGGUCUACUCCUUUGAACAAAACUGGUUUGAGGCCUAUCGAUACGCCAACCUGCUCAGCAAGGAGAACAAGUGGUCCCAGGCCGUCUAUGUAUUUCAGAAAGCUGCCAUCUUGAGCAUGAUGCCAGAGGAAGAAGUGAACAAGCUCAAUGAAAAUGUGGUGGAAUUAUUCAGGCAGGUGGAAGGCCUCAGGCUGAGAUUUGCUGGAAAGUCGAUUCCAACGGAGAAGUUUGCAGCGAAGAAGGCCCAGAGAUACUCCUCCUCCACACCCGUGAAACUUGUCGUUCCUGCUUUGGAAAUGAUGUAUGUGUGGAAUGGCUUCACAAUAGUGGGCAAAAGACCUGAGCUGACUGAAGGAAUCCUGUCAACUUUAGAGAAAGCAGAAGAGCAGCUCAGAAAUGAUCCAAACCCAUCAGAGUACCACACGGGCGAUGAGUGUGUCGUCCAGCUGCUGAAGGGUCUGUGCUUAAGAAAUCUGGGACGACUGGUCCAGGCUGAGAUCUGCUUCAGUCGCGUCAUCUCCAGUGAUGGUGAUAUCAAGCAUGAUAGCUAUCUGGUGCCCUUUACCAUGUAUGAGCUUGGCCUAUUGCACAAGCAGAAAGGUGAAAUCAACAAGGCCAUUGCUGUAAUGGAAAAUGUCAUGACGAACUACAAGGACUACAACAUGGAGUCAAGGCUGCAUUUCCGCAUCCAUGCAGCACUCAACACCAUGGGCUCCUUUGCAGCCAAACUUCCACCAUCACGCACGGCAGCUUAAGCGAUCCCAUUACAUGAAACUUGACAGAAAAAGGGCUUUAAACCUGACAUGGUUUACUGUGUUUCAUCAUUGUCUGUUGCCUUCAACUCUGAAGGUCCUUGGUCUUCUGCUCUAGGGAAGUUCUAGACUGGCCAUCUUGCCGUAGACUGUAUGCUAUGAACUAAAUGCCUCAAACUGCAGGCAAAGUACACAAGCAACCUAAGAAAGACUUGAAAAUAUGAACCUUUUAUCUAACCUGUGUCUAAAUUUCCUGUCCCCUUGGGUGUUUGUCCAAAGCAUGCUGUGGUUUACUUUGCAAAUAAGUUAAGGGUUCACUCCCUGCCUGUGCUUCACUUCACCUGGACGUAAUGCUAAAUCUGCAAAUUAUUUAUUUAUUUUUUGUUGUGUGUCAUUGUAUUUAUGAAAAUAUAACCUAUUUAGUCUAUAAUUAAAUGAGAAACAAGUAAACAAAGACUCCUAGUCUGCCCUUAUGAUUGCAGCUUACAUGCUUGUAUAACAGAGUGCAGCCCAGUCAUGCUCUAAGGUCCAACGUCCUUCUGUAAAUAGCUGAGUGCCAGAUGAAACAAAGUACUGGAAUUGGCAUUUUCAGAAUAAAUAUUACCAAUAUUGUUCACAAUCCUCUCUGCUGCUUGUGUUUGUGUGAAUGUUUCUUGUUCUCGGGCCUCUUUAAGGGGAAUUUAAUCUCAGUAAGAUCAAGUUAAGUGAAAAUUUCUGUGAAAAUAUAGCAGUGGUGUUUGUGCAUUUGAUCACUGAAGGUGAAAUAGCCUUUGAUCAAAUACACGAUUCCCAAAUCCAUCACCUAUACAAAAGUAUAGGUGAGGUUGAUGAAGUAAGGCAAGGCUGAGAUUGUUUGGACAUGUCCAGAGGAGGGAUAGCUGAUAUGCAAAGGAUGUUGAUGAUAGAGGUGCCAGGCAGGAGGAAAAGCGUAAGACCACAGAGAAUAUUCUUAGAUCUAGUGAAGGACAGAAAGGGGGUUGGCGUGACAGAAGAGGAUGUUGGGGAAAAUGAUUUGCUGUGGCGACCCCUAAAGGGAGCAGCUAAAAGAAUAAUUCCUGUAAGAGAAGAGAUAUAUAUAUUAAUAUGACCUGAGCAUGCUUCUUUUACAAUUUUUAAAUUGUAAAAUGUUUGUGUUUACAUGUGUAAUAAUUAAAAUAAUAAUAAUAAUAAAAAAUGAGGACUGAAAGUUUAAAGUCUUCUCACAUAUACCGGGAAAAACGUUAGCACCCCCCCCCAAUUUUUUCGGCACUAAUUUAAAUCUCAUUAACACAGCUGGUUACAGCCUCCACAGUCACCAGAUUUAAAUCCCUUUAGAGUUAGAUCUGGUGACUGUGUGAGCCAUUUGACUACAGUGAACUCAAUGUCAUAUUCAAAAAUGCAGUUUGAGACUAUUUGAACUCACAU